AUGGCGGCACAACGACUCCCGAGCGGCGAGAAGCUGCAGGCGCUGAGGGACACCGCCAAUCGCCUGCGAAUCCACUCCAUCCGAGCGACCUGCGCCUCCAACUCGGGUCGCCACCCAACAUCAUGCUGCAGUGCUGCAGAGAUAAUGUCCACGCUCUUCUUCUACGGCAUGAAGUAUAAGGCGGAUGACCCCGGCAAUGUCAAUAACGACCGCUUUGUGCUAUCCAAGGGACAUGCUGCGCCCGUGCUGUAUGCCGCCUGGGCUGAGGCUGGAUAUAUCGCAGAGUCGGACCUCUUGAAUCUCCGCAAGAUUGACUCUGAUCUGGAGGGACAUCCUACACCUAAACUUUCGUUCGUGGAUGUGGCGACGGGCUCCCUGGGUCAAGGGCUUGGCGCUGCCUGUGGGAUGGCUUACACUGGGAAGAACUUCGACAAAGCCAGCUACCGCGUCUACUGCCUCCUUGGCGAUGGGGAAUCGUCGGAGGGCUCCGUGUGGGAGGCCAUGGCCUUUGGUUCCCACUACAACCUGGAUAACCUGGUGGCCAUCUUCGACGUGAACCGCCUGGGACAGAGCGAGGCUGCCCCCCUGCAGCACAACUUUGACGUCUACAAAAGCCGCUGCGAGGGUUUCGGAUGGAAUACGCUGGUGGUGGAUGGUCACAGUGUGGAGGAACUCUGCCAGGCCCUGCUGACUGCCAGCCAGACCAAGGGGAAGCCCACGGCCAUCAUUGCAAAGAGCUUCAAAGGAAAGGGCAUUCCUGGUGUUGAGGAUCAGGACAACUGGCAUGGCAAACCCAUUCCCAAGGACAAGGUGGAGGAGGUUGUGCAGGUCAUCCAGAAGAAGAUUUCCAACGCAACGAAGCUGUGUCCAGAACUUCCCACCGAAGAUGUACCUGUGGUGGACGUGAGCAACGUCAAACUGUCUUCACCUCCGUCCUACAAACUGGGAGAUAAGAUCUCAACGCGUAAGGCGUAUGGGGUGGCCCUCAACAAACUGGGCCACGGGAACAGCCACGUCAUUGCCCUCGAUGGAGACACCAAGAACUCAACCUUCUCCGACAUGUUUCGCAAGGACUUCCCUGACCGCUUUAUCGAGUGCUUCAUUGCCGAGCAGAACAUGGUGAGCGUGGCUAUUGGCUGUGCGGCACGCGGUCGCACUGUGCCCUUUGCCAGCACGUUCGCCGCCUUCCUGUCCCGCGCGUACGACCAGAUCCGCAUGGGCGCAAUUUCCCAGACCAACGUCAACUUCUGCGGCUCUCACUGCGGAGUCUCCAUCGGUGAGGAUGGGCCCUCUCAGAUGGCUUUGGAGGACCUGGCCAUGUUCCGCGCCAUCCCCACCGCUACCGUGUUCUACCCCUCGGAUGGCGUAUCGACCGAACGUGCUGUCGAGCUUUCUGCCAACACCAAGGGCAUCUGCUUCAUCCGUAGCAGCCGCCCCGACACGGACAUCCUCUACGCCAACGAUGAGAAGUUUGAGAUCGGCAAGGCCAAGGUGGUGCUGAAGAGCGACAGUGACAAGGUGACGGUUAUCGGGGCGGGAGUGACGCUGCACGAGGCUUUGGCGGCCGCUAAGACGCUCGCAUCCGAGGGUCUGAACGUGCGCGUGAUCGACCCGUUCACGAUCAAGCUGGACAAGAAGACGAUUGUCGAGAACGUAAAGGCCACUGGAGGCCGCGUGGUGGUGGUUGAGGACCACUACCCCGAGGGGGGCCUGGGCGAGGCGGUGUGCGCCGCCGUGAGCUCCCAGCCCGGCAUUGUAGUGCGCCACCUGGCCGUGCCACGCGUGCCCCAGAGCGGGAAACCCACAGAGCUGCUCGAACUCUUCGGCAUCAGCGCCUCGCACAUCGUCGCCACCGUCAAGGCCUUCGUCUUGGGAAACUGA